GAAGUGCAAUCGCAGGGCUCCCGUUGGGUCGUCCAGCCCCCGGACUGGGGCUCCGCUUACAUGGGCGAAAGUUCAACAUUCAAGACGUCGGGACCGGGCCAAGCCCCCGCGUGCCUGGGCCGGUCCGCCGGAGCCGUACGUAAUUAGAACGUAUCGCCCAAGGCGGGCCUUGUCAUUGGGAAGUGUCUUAGACGUCUUCGGGCACCAGCCUCGCCCUCUCGCCUCCGCCCUCGUUGUACCAGGACCAUGGGCAACUCGGCCUCGCACGCCAACCACGACCGCCACCGGAGGCGCGACCACGACGGCGCCGACGGGCUCGACUCCCUCUCCCCUCACCGCCCGCCCCCCAUGCGCAAACAGAAGUCCCUCGACCUCCCCGACCUCGCGAGCCUCGCGCUCUACUCUGCGCCGACCAAGGGGCAGCCCCCGCGCAGCGCGGCGAUCGCGAUUCCGAACAGCGACACGCCCACGGAGCGCCCCGUGAACAAGCUCAUGUCCACGGAUCUGCUCGAGACGACCGUCGUGCAUCCCAUGAAGCGCCCGGACUACAUGCGGCGGCCGAGUCAGAGUAGGUAUGCACAGGCGAAGGAAGAGCGCGAGGAGAGGCAGCGAAGCGCGCAGUCCUCGCGUGCAUCGUCCCCCCAUGGCGCGCGCGCGUACCAGCCGCCGCCCCCCUCGGUGAAGCUGCCGGCGAUGACGCCGCUUUCAAAGGCGACGGAGCCCAUCGUGCACUCAACAAUUCCCGUGGGCUUGGAGGCGAAGCCGCAGCUGCCCACUAUCGCGUCGGAACCCUCGAGCAUUGGUGCCCCUGAGGAACUCGUGCUCGAGCCGACAAAGAUAACAUGGCGCGGCGGCGGGAAGACGGUACUUCUGGCUCGCGCAGGCGACGAUAACUGGCAGGGGCGGACGACCAUGGAACAGGACCCAGAUGCGCCGGAGGUGUUCCAUACGACGAUCCCUCUUACUCCGGGAACGCACCAUAUCCGCUUCCUUGUCGAUGAUCAGUGGAGGGUCGCCGACGAUCUUCCUACGACUGUAGACGAUCAAGGCUCACUCGCAAACUACGUUGACGUUGGCAUUUCCACACCUCCCGAGGCACCUAUCAUUUCUGCCCUGCCGACACCCUUACCCCUACCCGCUAGGGAUGUUCCGCUUAAGCGACACGAGAACGGCUACUCGUUCUGGAGCACGGCCGGCUCGAGCACAGACUACGACGGAAAUGAGAAUCCAUACGAGCUAGCCUUGGUAGAUGGGGAGGCGCGUCUGCGGAGCAAGUCCAAAUGGACGUCGGAGAUUCCCGAGGAGCUUGUACGGGCUGCGCAGGAGGAAGAGGUCUAUCUGCAGUCUCAGGCGCACGUCAACUCGAAUCAGAAUGGCCGCAUCGUCGUGGAUGGGUUCAUACCGGCGCCCAACAUCCCGCCAGCACCCGGUCUACCGCGUCACCUGGACAAACUCAUUCUUAACUAUCGCGCUGUCAACUCGUCUCACACUCCGAGUGGAAGCCCGUCUCGCGGCACCGGGCGCGUUGGAAGGUCGGAACGCCCGAGUCGCAAUGAGCGCAGUGGUCACCGCGAAUGGCAGAACAUGCGUAUGUCGCGUGCCGAGGUUGACGAGGAGGAAGUGCCUAUGCCGGAAAUUCCUAUCACAACAGCCAGCGGUACCGACCUCACUGCCGCCCUGGGCUUGACGGGACCGCGUUGGAAUGGGCGCGAAGGCCAAACCUCCUCGACCAAGAUCGCGGGUACCUCGGACGCGCCCCUAGCCGAUGAUUCCAGUGUCCUCCCCGUGCCCAGCCACGUCGUGAUCCACCAUUUGUCGACGAGCGCGAUCAAGAACGGUGUGCUGGCGGUGGCGACGACGACCCGGUAUCAAAAGAAAUACCUCACGACCGUGUACUACAAGCCGACGUGAUUACCCAUCGGCUUCCACCUACAUAGACUGUACAUACACAUGGACUUGUGGGGACUAACUUAUGUAUUGAUUUGAUCUUUUGCUGCUUGUAUAUAUGUGCCGCUGUGUUGUUGCUCUUCAUUACUAUGUAGCUGGAGAAUAUAGACGGAACCCGCGUUGAAGUUGAA